CCUUUUUCUUUGAUUAAAGGUAACUAUUUGGAUCUGAAAAAAGUUGACCUUUUUGAGCUUGUAACUGACUUGAAAAGUGGAAGCAUGAAUUUGUUGAGUGGUCACAAAUUAUAAAUAGUACAAAUUUACUUCACUUUUAAUUAGAUUUAUUUUGUAUUUACUUGGUUGAGUGAGUAAAGCCUUAAAUUCACUGAUAAUCUCUAAACUCCUUCAUAUAUUUUUACAUUUUACCUGUCACUUUUUUUCCCCUCCAGAAUUAUUAAGGAGCAAGGUAUCUAAUUUAGUUUCAGAUCUUUUCUCUUUUUAUGUUAUCUUAUUGGUAGAACAUCAUAUUGAGUUUGGUGUAUAACCUACAAGUCAUUUAUUGUAGCAGGGAUUGUGUAUGUUUGAAUUAUUUAUGUUCGCCAAAUUAAUUCUGGCCUGUAGUUAAAAUUAUACUGCUGUAUCUUAAAUUUUCCUUUUAGCUAAAAUAAAAGCAUCCCUUCUCACCUCACUCUUUAGAAAUCUUUGGUUUCAAAUCAUAUAGAAGUGUUUUUAGGUCUUCUUCACAUUACUGUUCUGAGUAUCUCAUGUGUGCUCUAUUUUGUGCCCAAUUGACAUUAUAGUUGAUGUUUAAACAGCUCAGGGUUGAACUGUUUGGGUCCGUUUAUACAAGGAUUUUUUUCUGCACAUGCCACCCCUGAGACAAGACCAGCCCCUCCUCUUGUUCCUUCUCCUGAGCCUACUCAACAUGAAGACCCUGCAGAUGAAGGCCUUUAUGGUGAUCCACUUCCACUUAAUGAAUACAACAAGAAUGAACUAGCAGUGGAAGAGAAAAUACUGCUAACUGGCUGGCUGCUGGUGAAGAAGAUGCUUUAUUUUUGUGGCAGGCGUCUGUGGGAUCUGUAAUAGAAAUGAUGGCUGGCUGUGGUGAAAUUGAUCACUCAAUAAACAUGCUUCCUACGAACAGGAAAGCAAAUGAGUCCUGUUCUAAUACUACACCUUCUCUAACCGUCCCUGAAUGUGCCAUUUGUCUGCAAACAUGUGUUCACCCGGUCAGUCUGCCCUGUAAGCAUGUUUUCUGCUAUCUGUGUGUAAAGGGAGCUUCCUGGCUUGGAAAGCGCUGUGCUCUUUGUCGACAAGAAAUUCCUGAGGAUUUUCUUGACAAGCCAACCCUGCUGUCACCUGAAGAACUCAAGGCAGCAAGUAGAGGAAAUGGUGAAUAUGCAUGGUAUUACGAAGGAAGAAAUGGGUGGUGGCAGUAUGAUGAGCGCACUAGUAGAGAGCUGGAAGAUGCUUUUUCCAAAGGUAAAAAGAACACUGAAAUGUUAAUUGCUGGGUUUUUAUAUGUUGCUGAUCUCGAAAAUAUGGUUCAAUAUAGGAGAAAUGAACAUGGACGUCGCAGGAAGAUUAAGCGAGAUAUAAUAGAUAUACCAAAGAAGGGAGUAGCUGGCCUUAGGCUAGACUGUGAUGCUAAUACUGUAAACCUAGCAAGAGAGAGCUCUGCUGAUGGAGCGGACAGUAUAUCAGCACAGAGUGGAGCUUCUGUUCAGCCUCUAGUGUCGUCUUCUGUUGUAAGGCCUCUCACGUCAGUAGAUGGUCAGUUAACAAGUCCCGCAACCCCAUCCCCUGAUGCAAGCACUUCUCUGGAAGACUCUUUUGCUCAUUUACAACUCAGUGGAGACAACAUAGCUGAAAGGAGUCAUAGGGGGGAAGGAGAAGAAGAUCAUGAAUCACCGUCUUCAGGCAGGGUACCUGCACCAGACACCUCCAUCGAAGAAACCGAAUCAGAUGCCAGUAGUGAUAGUGAGGAUGUAUCUGCGGUUGUUGCACAGCACUCCUUGACCCAACAGAGACUUCUGAUUCCUAAUGCAAAUCAGAUAGUACCUGAUCGAUCAGGAACUGAUCGGUCAGUAGCAGGGGGUGGAACAGUGAGUGUCAGUGUCAGAUCUAGAAGGCCUGAUGGACAGUGCACAGUAACUGAAGUUUAAAUAAAGCCUUCAACUCCAUACUUAAUGUUGAAAGGGUUAUCUGUAAAUUUCUGCCCACAUAACAUUAUACUCAUCCCUAGUAGUGCAUUUUGGGAAUUGGGGUGGGAAGGGGUGUGGGAAGGAUAGACCUGUAAUUAAAAUGUCUAACAUGUCUCUGUUGAGAGAAAUUUAUUUAAUGUAAGGAAUUUGCGUGUUAAUAGUGACAGCCAUUUAGUAAUAACCCAGUUUUCUUGAGGUCUGUUUAUAGUUUUUUUUUGUUGUUGUUAAUUUCUUUAGUUCUUUUGGCCAAUGUGUGUGUAUUUAUCUGUGCAUUAAUGGUCCUCAUCUGACUUUUGCAUUGUGUCUUAUUUUUCUGCAUGGAUUGGUAUAAAACCAUUACUAAAAUUUGGCAACUAUGAGAUGUUUGAUAUCAUUAUGAGCAGGAAGCUUAAUUUAAUAUGAGAAUAGAUGUGAAUCUGAGAUUUUAAAAUAGAUGAAUAACAACUAUUUUAUAGUAAAGUUAUUGAAAUGGAAAUGUAAAGAAAACAGCUAAUAACUUAUGUUUCAGAAUCUUUGUAACACACUUCAUGGCGUUCCCAUAGGCUUUGCUGUCUAGUCCUUAGAGUCUAAGGUUUCUCUUGAUCCACAUUUUUCUUUUUGAUUACAAAAUUUAUAAUUUAAUAAAUACUAGAGUUUAUCAAAAUUCAUUUGUCUCUUGUUUGAGUGUGGAAGGGGAUAGAAACAUUUUGACAUUUGUGGUCAAAGGUCUUUAAAAAAAUGGUGGUUUGAAUUGGUGUAUUCAGCUUAAAUACUCACCUGCUCAGAAAAGUUUGAUUUCUUCAUAGAGAAUAUUUAAGCAGAUUUUAUAAGUAGUAUGUAUGGAAUAAAUGUGUACAGAAAUAAA